AUGACCGAAUCAGGCGGCGCAUCCCCAUUUCCGGUGGCGUCACGGACGGCCACACCGUCCGAAGGGUCGAGACUUAAUCCCAACGCACAGAAGAAGAUCAAGAUUUGCGUAUACUGCGGCUCGGCGCCAGGCAGCAACCCGGCUCACAUGGAAGCAGCCCGCGCGCUGGGUACAAAGAUGGCAGAGAACGACAUCUCGCUUGUCUACGGAGGUGGCACUGUAGGCCUCAUGGGCGAGGUAGCCAAGACGAUCGUGGCGAUCUCUGGGCCUGACGCUGUGCACGGAAUCAUACCGGCAGCACUCGUCAAGUUCGAGCGCGACUCGACUUACGCCGGCAAGCAAGACGAGAACGGACACUAUGUACCAGAAGCCGAUGUGUACGGGCGAACGACCGUAGUGCCGGAUAUGCACACUCGCAAGAAGAUGAUGGCGCAGGAGGUGAUAGAUGGUGCCCACGGGAGCGGUUUUAUUGCGCUGAGUGGUGGAUUUGGCACUAUGGAAGAAUUAUUUGAGGUGGCCACAUGGAACCAACUGGGCAUUCACGACAGGGGUAUUUGCUUGCUGAACAUCGAUGGUUUCUACAAUGGAUUGUUGGAUUGGCUCAACAAGGCUGUUGAGGAGAACUUUGUUAGAGCAGCGAACGCGGAUAUCCUGGUUACAGCUACCACGGCCGACGACGCGAUCAAAGCGCUGAAGGGCUACAAAGUGUCAAGCUCAAGAUACAACCUGACUUGGGAAACCCGGUAG